AUACAUAUUACAUAGAAUACGUAAACGUACACAAUGCCAUUUCAUGCACCACUCGAAUUGUAUAUAUAUACAUCGAUGAAAGUGAACGGAAUUCAGUAGCAUCUACAUAAAACAUAAGUUAAAGAAGCAUGGCUUCAUAUGUAGUCAUUUGGCUAGUUGUUAUAUUUUCGUGUAUUUUGUACUACGCAAAAUCCAACAACGAAAAUAAUAAUAGUAACAAUAAUAAUAAUAAUAAUAAUCAAUUAAUUUGCUCUUCGGCCAGUAGUACACAUGAUUACAAGGAUGCCCUAAACAAAAGCAUCUUGUUCUUCGAAGGCCAACGGUCGGGAAAACUGCCAGCUGGCCAAAGGGUCAAGUGGAGGGCUGACUCUGCACUCUCCGAUGGAAAGCUUGAAAAUGUGAAUUUGAGCGGAGGUUAUUAUGAUGCGGGUGACAAUGUGAAGUUUGGGUGGCCAAUGGCUUUUUCAAUAAGCUUGUUGAGUUGGGCUGCUACUGAAUAUAAAAACGAGAUAAAUUCAGCCAAUCAGCUCAAAAAUAUCCAAAAUGCCAUCAGAUGGGGCACCGAUUUCCUGCUCCGAGCUCACACUUCUUCCAACACACUCUAUGCUCAGGUGGGUGACGGAAACAGAGACCAUCAGUGCUGGGAGCGGCCGGAAGAUAUGGACACGCCGCGAACACUUUACAAGAUCAGUUCCACUUCGCCGGGAAGUGAGGUGGCCGCCGAGGCCGCCGCCGCACUCGCCGCCGCGUCCAUUGUUUUCAGAGAGGCUGAUUCCAACUACUCCGCCCGCCUCUUACGCCACUCAAAAUCGUUGUUUGAGUUGGCAGACAAAUAUAGAGGAUCUUACCAGGGAUCUUGCCCAUUCUACUGCUCCUACUCCGGUUAUCAGGACGAAUUGCUGUGGGCAGCUGCAUGGCUGUACAAAGCAAGUGGAGACAGCACAUAUUUGAACUAUGUCACCACAAAUCAAGACUGGAGUCAAUCUGUAUCUGAAUUCAGUUGGGAUAACAAAUUUGCUGGAGCUCAAACUUUACUAGCAAAGGAAUUUCUUGGGGGAAAGACAAAUUUGUCCAAGUACAAGAAUGGUGCUGAUUCAUUUGUCUGCUCAUUGAUGCCUGGAAGUAGCUCUGUCCAGAUUAAGACAACCCCUGGUGGGCUGUUGUAUACCAGAGACAGCAGUAACAUACAGUAUGUUACUAGUGCUUCGAUGGUACUUGUCGUCUACUCGAAGAUUCUAGAAGCAGCUCGUGUUAACGGAGUUCAGUGUGGAUCUGUUAAUUUCUCUGCCUCAAAGAUCAAUGACUUUGCUAAAUUACAGGUGGACUACAUUCUCGGAAGCAAUCCCCUGAAAAUGUCAUACAUGGUUGGGUUCGGGCCCAAAUACCCAACACAGUUACACCACAGAGGCGCAUCGAUUCCUUCAAUCCGGGUCGACCCGGCCAAAGUGGGCUGCAACGAUGGAUUCUCGAACUGGUUCUCUUCAUCCAAACCAAACCCGAAUACCCAUUCGGGUGCGAUUGUCGGAGGCCCGGAUUCGAAUGACCGGUUCACCGACUCAAGAUCCGAUUACUCACAUAUGGAGCCCACUACUUAUAUAAAUGCUGCUUUUGUGGGGCCCGUCGCUGCUUUUAUUGGCCGCCGCAGCGUACAGGAGUGUUCACACUUGAAAGCUGUGGCAGUCUCGUAAAUACAUACUGUAUUGAGAUUUGAGUGAAUUAUAUUUACUUAUUGUGUAUUUUAUACGUAUUUAUAUGCAUAAAUAUAUGUAUGCUGAGAUGCAGACACAUUGCACUCCACUCUGUAUAAUAUCUAUACUACAAGAAUGUAAUAUUCAAGAAUUUCAGGAAAAAAAAAAAAAAAAAAAAA